AUGACGAAUCCGGAGAGCGCCCAGCAGCCGACUACCGACAACGACCAACUUGUUACAUCAGAGGAUCAGAACCACCCAGCCAACCUCAUUCCGUCGCUAUGCGCCAAGUUUUGGACUCUGGGUUGGGUGACAGGAACUGGUGGAGGCUGCUCCAUUCGUGACGAUGAUCUGGUCUACAUCGCCCCAUCAGGAGUCCAAAAGGAGCUCAUGAAAGCCUCUGACCUCUACGUCCUCGCUCUAUCCAAGCAGACAGACCUGAAGAACCGUGUCUACCUGCGCGCGCCGCCCUGUGGCAAGCCAUCGCAGUGCACUCCACUGUUUCUGGCAGCAUUCACGAAGCGGGGGGCGGGCUGCUGCAUCCACACGCACUCGCACUGGGCCGUGUUGGUCACGCUGAUCCUGGAGACGCGGGGCCCUGGAUCUGACAAAAUGUUUGAAAUCAACAACAUCGAGCAGAUUAAAGGGUUCGGCCGAGGUUUCCGGAAGCAAGGAAACUUGGACUUCCAUGACACGUUACGCAUUCCCGUCAUCGAGAAUACGUCUCACGAGGAGGACCUCACUGAGUUUCUGGAAGAAGCCAUGGAUAAGUAUCCGGAUACCUAUGCUGUGUUGGUUCGCAGACAUGGUGUAUAUGUUUGGGGUGACAACGUGCACAAAGCUAAGACAACAUGCGAAAGCCUCGACUAUCUGUUCCAGUUAGCAGUUGAGAUGAAGCAACUCGGCAUCCCGUGGUUGAGUGAUAUCCCCAAGGUUAAGACGGCAUCAGGGAGGUAG